GCAUCCUUUUAAAAACUUGUUACAUUUCUAAAAAUGUGUGUAAAAUUUUAGAAAACACGAAUAUGAGACAAAUGUUGCCCAAGAAAAAAAAAGAGUUUUAUUUUCUCUUUUUAAAUCUGUCAACAAAAUUACCUGAAGGCACUUAGUGCUUCUGACCAAAUAUUGAUCGAGAGUAAAAACUACCACUGAAUCCUCGUGUCAAGCAAAGAAAACAGGCAAGGAGGAUAUGACCAUAAUAAACCUAAAAUAGGGAUGGACAAUAUAUCAGCAUCAAUAUUGGUAUCGGCCGAUGUUAGUCAUUUUUAACAUAUCGGUAUCGGCCCAAUAAAUAAAACCAAGCCGAUAUUAACAACUGAUAUUUUUUAUAUCUUGUCUCCAUUUGUUUAUCUGUUUCAGAGGGUGAGGGGGGUGAUCUGUAAUUGUUUAGUCAUGUGAUAGUGAAUGUAAUCAUCUCAGAAGCGUAAAUGUGUGUGGUGUUAAGAGACCCUCUUGGUGGAACCGAAAGUGAGAGGUCGGAUGACCGCUGGCACCGGAGGGCUAUAGAGGACCGAGGUGCCGGUUCUUUCAGUCCGGAGAUGUCUCUCGGGUCACGACAGAUGGAUGAAACCGAGCGUCUUAAAAAAACCUCUGAAGGAGUUUUGAGUCAGCUUUGUUCUGCAGGAAAACUAUCUUGUUGUUCAGCUUCGCAGGUGCGAAAAAGGUUAAAGGUUUUGACAACGUGUCAAAAUCCUUCUGGUUAAAGAGGUGCUAAAGAUGGCCGGUCUGAAGCUCACUCUAGAACUGACUAAUUACCCAAAGCCAUCUGGUUUUAAAGAAUUGAUAUUAUGGUUUGGCCAGCUAAUCAGGCUGACAAGUUUGAGAGAUGUUACCAAGCACCCAGAGACACAACCUCUGUUAUGGAGACUCUGAAUCUAGGCAAAAUUUUAACUUAUGUGUCAUGCAUUAACUUUACUUAACUUGCGAGUGCAAAUGUUAUAACCUCGUCAAGUAAACAUACUAAAACAAUCAUUGAGCAAUUAGCAAUAACAAAAGUUCAUUCAUUGAUUAUCUUUAAUUAUAAAAUCUUCUUUCUUCUUCUUUCUGGGAAUAAAGGAGUUUAUUUUAAAAAGUUCCUCUGUGAUGGACCUUGGAGGAGAAAAUGUUUAUUGUUUAUCAUUUAUUAUCUCUGCAGUCCAGCUGGUGUAAGGAAGUAGGCUCUGAUUAAAGGGACUGCAUGCAGCCUUCAAGUCUCCUGUGAGGGGAAAAGAUUGUAGGAUGUGUCAUAGCCAGGGUAAGUUGACCUGGCUGUGCAUUUGACCUGUGGGAUCUCAAAAUCAGGCCAUUUCAUCAUGUUACACCAGUAAUCUGUAAUUUUCUUCUUUAGUACCUACCUGUUGUAGAUAAGACUUUAAACAAACUACCUCGGCAGAGGCAGCUAGCUCUUACAGACUUCCACUUCCUGUGAGAAAGUGAAAACGUCUCCCAGAAUAACCUUCAAUCUAAAAGCAAUUGAAAGGUUUAUAAAUUAGUCUUUGCAGGAAUUAUGUAAAACCUUUAAAGAGAUAGCCCACCCAAAAAUGAAAUUAAGAUAACUUCUGAGUGAUUUUAAAGACAUUGUAACAUCCAGAAAGGGUCCAUUUUCACCUACAUAUUGACCUACAUGCCACCGGUCAUCUGCAGACAUAAUUCCGUUCUCUAAACAGGUUAAAGGCCCUGGCUGGGAUUUCAGGUUCUGCUAUAAACUGGCUCUCUUCUUAUCUCACCAACAGAACAUUCACAGUGAAGUCCGAAACCUUCUCUUCAGACACUGCCUCUCUAACAUGCGGGGUCCCACAAGGUUCAGUUCUAGGGCCUCUACUAUUCGCAUUCUAUAUUCUUCCCCUAGCUGGCAUCAUUCAGUCUUUCCCAGACAUCUCCUACCACAUCUACGCUGAUGAUAUUCAGCUCUAUAUGUCCUUUAUGCCACACCAGUUGGACGGGCUGGCCACACUUGUACUCUGCCUGACCCAGAUCAGUAACUGGCUGUCCAGCAACUUUCUUGUCUUAAAUGCUAACAAGACAGAGACCCUGAUCGCUGCACCCCCGGAACUUCAGCCAAAAAUCGAGCAAGACAUUGCCUCUUUUUGCCCAUCAGCCAAGGCCAACAUUAGAAACCUGGGAGUUAUUUUUGAUCCAGGUUUAAGUUUAGACUCACACGUCAAAACCAUCUCCCGCUCUUGUUUCUUUCAACUGAGAAACAUUUCAAAAGUCCGUAAACUGGUUUCUACUGCAGAUCUGGAAAAAAUAAUCCAUGCCUUUGUGUCAUCACGCUUAGACUACUGUAACGCUGUUUUUACUGGUCUCAGCAAAACCUCCCUCUCACGCCUUCAAGCCAUCCAAAAUGCAGCAGCCAGACUCCUAACCAAAUCCAGCAGACGAGCUCACAUCACUCCAGUUUUACAGUCCCUCCACUGGCUCCCGGUAGAAUAUAGAAUUCAGUUUAAAGUUUUAGUCCUGACCUAUAGAGCUCUUAACAACCAGGCUCCAAGCUACCUAUCUGAGCUUUUAUCCCCACACACCACCUCUCGGAACCUUAGAUCCACAUCUGAAAACCUCCUGGCUGGUUCUCGAACCAGACUGAAAACCAAAGGGGACAGGGCCUUUCAGACUAUUGCACCCAGACUUUGGAACAGUCUACCUUCAAAUCUCCAUCUUUCUAACACUGUAGAGGUCUUUAAAGAGCGGGUCAAUUGAGCCUUGGAGUCCUUCUCCACCCACGUGUCAAUUUUAAAAAAUGCAACAUUAGUAGACAUUGCCUGGAGGACCGAGAGGGCGGAGCCGCGGCAGUGACGAAGACGACGGCUAACUAGACGAUGCUAGCUCCCUUCACUCUAUGCAGUUAUUAGAAGUGGAGGACGUUUCUCCCCCUCCUUACCCAGACACUCGAGAAGAAAGGGACCAAGUCUAUUUGGAGGAGACAAGCGGACCUGAGCCUUAUUGUUGUGAGCUUGUGAGUUGCCUGUAACUCCCAGAACCGACCCAACAGAACCACCUCUGAAUGUCCUCUGGUGUCUGCAGCUGGUCUCCUCUGCUGGUGUCGUCAGGAUCAGGAGCUUCCAGAAGAAUGUGCCUUUCAAUGACUCUUUCCCCCUUAUUUGUUAUAUUAAUUAAAUAAAUCUCAAUUUAUAUA